AUGGGCAAAGAGGGUCCAGAAAAAAGCAUCAACCUUGAGGAUAAUUUCCUGGUGGAAUGGUCCGAAGAUGAUCCUUCCAAUCCUCGUAACUUGAGUCUGGCGCGGCGAUGGCUUAUCGUGCUGAUCGUAUCCACGGGAUCCCUCUGUGUGACCUGCACUUCAUCGAUAUAUACUACUACGUAUCAUCAGAUGGCGAAAGAAUUCGGUUGCUCGACACUAGUAGCAACAGUGGGUGUUUCAAUCUUUGUUUGGGGUCUAGCUGUUGGCCCAUUAGUUCUGGGGCCACUUUCUGAGCUUUACGGUCGACGGAUAAUUUAUCUGACGUCGUUCACGCUCUUCCUAAUCUGGCUGAUUCCAUGUGCAGUGGCCACGAAUAUUCAGACUAUGAUUAUUGCACGGUUCUUCAACGGUUUGUCAGGCAGUGCCUUCCUUAGUGUGGCAGGUGGAACAGUUGGCGAUGUCUUUCAUCGCCACGAGCUGGCAGCUCCUAUGAUGCUAUACACGGCUAGCCCUUUCGUUGGACCAGAGUUGGGGCCACUGAUUGGUGGUUUCAUCAAUGACUUCAGUCACUGGCGCUGGACAUUCUAUAUCCUUCUAAUAUGGGCCGGUGCUCUACUCGUUCUUAUAUUCUUCCUAGUACCAGAGACAUUUCAUCCGGUACUGCUGGAGCGGAAGACGAUGGAAAUGCGCAAGACAACGGGCGAUGAUAGAUGGCAGACCAAGAAUCAAGCCGCUCACCGACCUUUAUCUCAUAUGAUCCUGCAGUCGAUUUACAGACCUCUGAUGCUGCUCGCACUGGAGCCCAUGUGCUUGAAUCUCUGCAUAUUCUCUGCUAUUCUCCUGGGUAUUAUUUACCUUUUCUUCGGGGCUUUCGACCAAGUCUUCACUAAUGUUUAUGGGAUGACGUUAUGGCAAUGUGGUUGUUGCUUCCUUGGUAUGUUUGUAGGAAUGAUGAUUGCUGUCUUGAGCGAUCCCAUAUGGCGUCGGGUCUACGGCCGCCUGGAAAGCAAACAUAGAGAGCGAACAGACAACACGGAGAAAUUUCUCCCCGAAUGGCGCUUGCCGCCUGCCAUCGCGGGUGCCCCUAUGGUCACAAUUGGCUUAUUUAUCUUCGCUUGGACUAUAUAUCCCAACGUCCAUUGGAUUGCGCCAAUUAUCGGAAGUGCCCUUUUCGGCUUUGGGUAA